GCUUGCAGAUAGUUCCAUAUAAUUUUAAGGUUUGUGUCAGUGCAAUGAGAGCAACACAAAAGUUCAAACAAAAUGAGUUUUAGUACAUCACCAUAUAUGCACAGUUUCAGAACUUAAACAUAACUCUUAAAAGAGUGUUCUUGAUUUGGCAGCUUCUUUUGAACUAUCCACUGAGUUUUUGGGCAUACCACAUCCUGUUCAGCUAGACACCAUUUGAACAUGGUAUUCGGUCGCUACCUGAAGUGAGGGGAGUUAAACAUUUCAUAAGGUUAAAAGAAGAUUUUAAAUCUCAGAUUUUCAGACUUUUGGACCCCACUAAAGAUACUUGGAUUGCUGUGCUAUUAGUGAGUGUCUAAUCAUCUGCUGAAGGUUGAAGAGACAUGGCUGACAGGGUGCAGGCACUGCCAUACUUCUUUGGCAACAUCACACGAGAGGAGGCAGAGGAGUACCUGAAACACGGUGGGGCAGGAGAUGGUCUGUACUUGCUUCGGCAAAGUCGCAGUUCCCUGGGCGGCUAUGCCCUCUCAGUGUCCUAUGGCCGGCAGUUCUACCACUACACCGUUGAGAGAGAGCUGAAUGACACAUAUGCCAUCGCAGGGGGCAAGUCACACCGGACCCCAAUAGAUGUGAUCGAUUAUCACUCACAGGAGUCUGAUGGACUCAUCUGCCUGCUGAAGAGACCUUUUAACCGGCCACGUGGCACAGAGCCUAAAGUCGGACCUUUUGAAGACCUGAAGGAGCAGCUUAUUAGGCAGUAUGUCAAACAAACCUGGAAGUUGCAGGGCUCAGCUCUCGAUCAGGCUAUCAUCAGCCAGAGGCCUCAGCUAGAGAAACUCAUUGCAACAACAGCGCAUGAAAAGAUGCCAUGGUUCCAUGGCAAGAUAGACCGUGAGGACUCAGAGCAGCGUUUGCUCAGGAACCCACACAUCAAUGGCAAAUUCCUAAUAAGACAGAGAGAAACCAAUGGCAGAAUGGUGUCCUAUGCACUCUGUCUGCUACAUAAUAACCAAGUCAUGCACUAUCGUAUUGAUAAGGAUAAGGCAGGCAAACUCUCCAUUCCUGAUGGCAAGAAGUUCGACACACUUUGGCAGCUAGUAGAACACUACUCUUACAAGCCUGACGGCCUGCUCAGAGUGCUUACCGAGUCCUGCCUGAGAUCAUCACAUUCAGAGCAAGGUGCAACUGGUGGAUUACUCUCCAGAAUCAAAUCGUACUCCUUUCCCAAACCUGGCCAAAAAAAGGGUCAUCUUCCAAAUCCCUAUGACUUUGGUUUAAUCCGCAGAAGUGACCUUCUUAACCCAGAGGCUAUGCCAAUGGACACACAGGUGUAUGAGAGUCCAUACGCAGAUCCCGAAGAGCUUCGGACAGCCACUGUGAAUCGAAACAACCUGAUUCUAGAAGAUGAAGAAUUGGGCUCAGGCAACUUUGGCACUGUGCGAAGAGGCAUCUACCAGAUGAGGAAGACACAAAAAGUGGUGGCGGUCAAGAUCCUGAAGAAUGAUGAUAAUAAUGCAGCUGUGAAGGAGGAGAUGUUGCGUGAGGCCAGCGUCAUGCAGCAGCUGGAUAAUCCAUACAUCGUUCGCAUGAUCGGCAUCUGUGAAGCUGAAAAUCUCAUGCUAGUCAUGGAGCUCGCCGAGCUGGGCCCAUUGCACAAGUUCCUACAGAAGAACAAACAUAUCUCUGAGAAGAACAUUACUGAGCUGGUUCAUCAGGUCUCUAUGGGAAUGAAGUAUCUAGAAGAACACAACUUUGUACACAGAGAUCUGGCAGCCAGGAAUGUCCUGUUAGUUACGCAGCACUAUGCCAAGAUCAGCGACUUUGGACUCUCAAAAGCCCUGACAGAGGAGGAGAACUAUUACAAGGCUAAAGGUCAUGGAAAAUGGCCGGUGAAAUGGUAUGCCCCCGAGUGCAUGAAUUAUUUCAAGUUCUCAUCUAAGAGUGACGUGUGGAGCUUUGGGGUCCUGAUGUGGGAGGCUUUUUCAUACGGGCAGAAACCAUACAAGGGUAUGAAGGGAAAUGAUGUGAUUCAGAUGAUUGAGAGUGGAGAUAGGAUGGCUCCCCCACCCAACUGUCCAAUGGAGAUGUACGACCUCAUGAAGAAAUGCUGGACGUACAAGGCAGAUGAAAGACCUGGAUUUUCUGUAGUUGAACCCAGAUUGCGACAUUACUAUUAUGACAUAUCUCAAUGAUGACCUUUCCCUAAGGACAUGCAAAAUAAUGCGAUACAGUAUUUGAAAACAGACAGUUAAAAGGAUAGUCCCCAAAACUGAAAAUUCUGCCAUCAUUAACACACCCUCAUGUUGUGCCAAACCAGUAUGACUUUCUGAAUGUUAGCCUGAGACAUAAUUCCCUUUCAUUGUAUUGGAAAAACAAUUAAAGUGAAUGGUGACUGCAGGAACUAAAAUGGUUCAAGGAAUGAAAAUUAACACAAUUUUUAGCAGAAUGUAACUGAAAACCGGAACAAAGUGAUUUCCCCCCGUCCCCACUGGAAUCUACACCACUGGUGACAGAAGCAAGUAAUUGUCACGUAUUGGCUACAGUGAAGGUCAUACGAAUUCAUACGAGUGCAGUCAUUACAGUCUUAUGAAUCCUUACGAGUUCGCUGAGAGAGUGUGUUGACUUGUGUUCUUCAGAAGAAAAUAAGUCAUAUGGCUGUGGAACAACAUAAGGUUGAGUAAAUGAUGAGAGAUUUAUUUGGGGGUGAACUAUACCUUCAAGGUAUGUGUAUAAGUGGUAUAAGUAUAUUUAAUAAUAAUGACUUGGUAGUAAUAAUUUAAGAAAAUUAAUGUGUGUAAAACCCAGUAAUUAGAUCAUGGACAUCCUUUCAUGUUUAAUUGAUAAAAUCAAUAAUUUGUAUAUCUGAAAUACCAAGCUCUGUUUGUUUGUAAUAUUUUUGAUUGAACCUGAACUUGGCAAUAGAAUCCAUGAUAUGCAAGAACAGUUGCACAAAAAAAAGUACUAAAUUGCUGAUUUUUUUUUUCUUACUAAAUGCAAGUUAAGAACAUCAAUAUUUGAAGCAGAGUUAGUGUUUCUUAUUAAGAUGUCACAGCAAUCCCAAUUAACAGAACAAGAACCACAAGAAUCCAAAAUUAACUUUUUGCCACACCUACCAACUGCAAGUGAAUUAUGUGAAUCAGUGCAAAGAAAUUUAUUAGAAAAUCUCAGAUAUUUCUUACCAGUCAUGAAACUGUAUUUUGAAUCCUUUGUAUGAAAAUAUAGGCUAUAUUUUUAGCCCUAGAACUUGUGAUGUAAUUUUGUUCAUGUAUUCGCUUACGUGUCACCACAUGGAGUUCAGGAGACAGGCCAGAAAAAAAAAAACGUUAGGCAUCAUAGAUGGCAACUUCUGAUAGUAAAUAGGUACAAGUUGUUAGAAGCGAGUGGCACAAAUGUUUUUAAGUUCUUUAUUUGAUGGUUUGUAUGUUUUUGAUUUAAAUUGCUUGCAUCAAAUUGCAUUUAACAUCAGCGAGGGGUCCAAUUAUCAUUCCUACAAUUCAUUUUAAAACAUGCAUUAAAGGAAUGUUCCGGGUUCAAUACAAGUUAAGCUCACAGCGUUUGUGGCAUAAUAUUGAUUACCACAAAAAUUUAUUUCGACUCGUUCCUCCUUUAAAAAAAAAAGCAUAAAUCGAGGUUACAGUGAGACACUUACAAUGGAAGUGAAUGGGGGCCAAUUUUUGAACUUUAAAAUACUCACUGCUUCAAAAGUAUAGCCACAAGACAUAAAGGAUAUGCGUGUAAACAUUAUUUUAGUGUGAUAAAAUCACUUACAAACCUUUUCUGUGUAAAGUUAUAAACAAUUUUACAACUUCGUGACCAUGAUGAUGUCAUGUCAACUAGGGCUGUCUCUUUCGAUUAUUUUGGUAAUCAAGUAAUCGAAUCGACAGUUUUUCUGACAAUUAAUCGAGAAAUCGGAAAAAUUGUUUAAUAACUCAGAUUGCAUAAAGUUGUCAAGGUGAAGUCACGUUUGGCUAAAAUGCAUUAAUUAGCCAUAAUUUUAAUGUAUUUUACAAUUGAAUAACAACAACAAAACAAUUGUGCAAACAAUAUCUAAAGCCAACAGACACCCAAAGCAGAUCUAUAAUAUAAAAAUAUGUGUAUUCAAGCUGAGAGAGAAUGGCUUCUCCAGGUGUGCUCAACUUUUUAAAUGCAAGGUGUACAUUUUUUCUUUAACUAGUUCAACACGAUCUACCCAUUUUAGUUUAGAUCUCAAAUUGAGUUUUACCUGUAAUAAUUGCCAUAAACUAUAAAAUAUUUAUCGGAAGUGGGGCAUUGCAAUCUAUUUUUUAAACAGUCAUUACGAAAUCUAAUUUACAUGAGGAGAAAUAUUGCAUUACGUUCAAAUUAUAAUUAAUUUACACAGAACAGAACUCAAAGAUAAUUUGCUGAAAAUAACCUUGUUAGAUUGUCUGGAUUCAGUCAGAUUUAUUGAACAGAAUGUGUUUGUGCAUCCGUAAAAUGUGUAAUUUUAAUUAAGUCCGACGGACAUCUUUUUCGUGACAUUAUUUUAUGUUGCUUCAUAAAAGCCUAAAUUGCAAAACUGUUGUGUAUGUAGCAAAUUAGCUUAAAAAGGGAAUUAUUUAUAAUUAAUUAUAACUGGUUAUAAUCAAUAAUAAAUAUUUAGAUUAGAUCUUAGAAUUAACUGUAGCAGAAUCGAUAUUACAAUUAUUUGAUCUGUCCGUCCACCGAGCAGACAAUAUAAUUAUUCAUCAACUCUAGGAAGAUUACUUUCCUGGCCAAGGAACAAUAGCCUUCCUACUUAUACAGUGCUAGCAGUAGUUUAGCAUGUAGCAAGGAGCAACAUUCAGUGACACUGAAUUGUGAGCGGAACACAGAGACAAUCAAUUGUGAAUAUAAGGGAUUUAAUAAAUGAAACUAUAACUAACAUACAAACAAACUAAGCAAAACAUACAUAUAUAGAAUGAAGGAAAGUAAGGAAAGGAGAGAGAAGAGCAAAGAAUGGCAGUAUUUCACAUCAAUUAACCACAACCUAAAUGAGGAUCAUCAGAGGCACAAUUCACCUUAAAAGGGGUUCAAACUUAAACGCGCAUCUAAUCAGUUGUAAAUGGUUACUUGCAUUGGUUUGUUGCUGAAUAAGAGUCUUGAUGCGGUAGACGAGGUUCUCGACGAUUUCUUUAGGAGUGAGUUGAAGAAGUCCACAGCAAAUCCACAAAGUUACUUGAAGGUAAACACUGCCAGAAGGUUAAACUCAA